AUGUCUUUCGAGCUUGCUUCAUCCGCCGCAACGUAUUCGUCUUCCCAGAUGGGAGUUUCAAGCGGAACCAAUCUCAUAAACAAAAUUCUUUCUUUCUUGUUGAAGCUCCUACCUGAUCCUGGUCAUAUGCAUGGUUCUGACGAUCCUGUAUCACGUCUAUUUAGUGUGUUUGCGGAUAAGGAUCGCGAAGAAAUCACCAGGGCGUUUAUUGUAUUGAGCAUUAUUAUCUGUUUGAUGCUCAGAAUCACGACACUCGUUGGCUGCAGCUAUAAAGUGGUAUGCGCUAUGACGAUGAAAGUAUAUUCUUGGAUUUUUGGUUACUUUCCGUGGGCCACCAGACUCGUUGUCCUCGAACAGCGAGAGAAAGCCGUGUCAGGGAAGGAGGCAAUGAUAGUACAACAGACUCAAACUCUCCAGUUAGACGUCGAGAUCGCACUUUACAAGCGUCUUGCUGGAGUUCUUGAGCGUUCCGCGGCAACUGCUCGAGACAAAGCCAGCGACCUCGAGAUGGAGAAGGAAUUAUUUGUAGACGAGCUUAUAAGGGGUGUUCGUGAUACUUCAGGACAGCAUUCGGCUAUGCGUCGCACAGUCACUGCCAACGGGGAAUAG